UUUAUAUAUCAAUCUUUGUUCUAAUCAAAACUGGAUAUUUAAAAAAACAGAAUGACUAGUUUAGCUGCUAAAAUUCAAUUUACCAAGUUGUGUCAAAUUUAUGAGGAAAUAACACAAGCGAAAGGAAAAAAUAAAGCAAAUAUAUUGAAAAUUUUUUUUGAUGAUUGUCGACAAUUGGCUAUUAGAUUAAAAAAAGAAAAUUCAAAUGCUGAUGUUUCAAUGUUUCCAAUUGUGCGAUUAUUUUUGUUGGAUCAAGAUAGAGAACGAGCAGCUUACAAUCUCAAAGAGCUGACAAUUGGAUUAUCACUAAUACGUAUAUUUUGUUUAGGCAAAAAUAGUAUUAAUGGACAAAAAAUUUUAAAUUACAAAGAACCAGAUAAAAAUGCACCAAAACCAGAUGAUUUUUCAUCAAGAGUAUCGUGGGUUCUUCGUUUACAAUUACCAAAAACAUGCUCUAUGAAUCUUCAAGAUUUGCACAAUUUACUUGACUCAAUUUCCCAAAGUAAUACAAAAGAUAUUGAACUUAAAAAACUCGUUGAAAAUUGUGGAUCAUUGGAGCUCAAAUGGGUUCUUCGAAUAAUUUUAAAAAAGCUAAGUAUUGGUGUACAUAAAAUUUGGGAUAUAUAUCAUCCAAAUGCUGAACAAUUUUAUUUAGAAAAUUCAAAUAUUCGAGUUGUUUGUGAUACCUAUCAAGAUAAAAAUGUCAUAGCCGAAAAGAGUGUAUCAAAAUUAUCUGUUUUACAUCCAUUUAAACCAAUGUUACUCGAACGAAUUUGCAUUGAAAAAGCUAGUGAACUUUUUUAUAAUAAUAAUGAUGGAAUAAUUGUACAAACAAAAUUUGACGGUGAAAGAAGUCAGUUACAUAUGAAAAAUGGAAAAUUUAAAUAUUUUACAAGACAUGGAUUUGACAUUACAAAUAAUCCAUCAUAUGGUGAAUCAGAAAAUUCACCUGGUUUUUUAACUGAACGAAUAAUUCGAUUAUUAAAUCCAGAUUGUCGUUCAAUAAUCCUGGAUGGUGAAUUAAUGGGUUGGCAUAAGCAAAAGAAAAUUUUCAGUACAAAAGGUUUAUUAUUUGAUGUUAAAAAAUUAACAGAAAAGAGUUCACUUCAGCCUUGUUUUGUUGCUUAUGAUAUUGUCCAUUAUAAUGAUGAGUGUCUAUUGAACAAGCCAUUCAAAGAAAGAAUGAAAAUAUUGGAACAAGCAUUUAAAGAUUGUCAAGGUAUUUUAAUAAAAUGUAAAAAUAUUCUUGUUACAAAUUUCAAUGAACUUCAAGAUAUUUUUAAUGAAUCAUUGGAUAAAAAUGAAGAGGGAAUUGUACUAAGAGAACCAAAUGGAAUUUAUAAAUUAAAUACACGUGCUAAAAGUGGAUGUUAUAAAGUAAAAGCUGAAUUUUCAAGUGAUCUUGCAAAAGACAUUGAUUUAGCAAUUGUUGGCGCAUAUUAUAGUGAAAAAAAAACAGUUGGAUUAUUUGGAAGUUUUCUUCUAGCUGUUGUUGAUGAUAGUAAUAAAAAUGAUAAUAAAUAUAAAUAUUAUACAAUUGUCUCAAUUAAAAGUGGAUUAAAAGAAAUUGAAAAACAAAAUAUGAUAACUCAUUUGAGACCAUAUAUGAUCAAGAAAAAACCGACAAAUGUUGAAGGGCCAACAAAAUAUCCUCCUGAUUUUUGGAUUCAACCAGAAAAUUCAAUAGUUUUACAAAUAAAUGCAACAGAAAUGAUAACGUGUGAUCAUCAACCAUCUAAAUAUACAUUUCGAUUUCCAAGAGUCAAAAAAAUUAGAUAUGAUAAACCCUGCAAUGAGUCAUGCACUCUGGAUGAGUUAAAAUCUUUCAUAAAUAAUGAAGGAUAUAUUCAAAAAUUAAAUAAAAAUCGUGUUAUCUUUGACAAUAAACAAUUUAAAUCAAAAGAAAAAAAAAUUCGUGAAACGACAAGUAUGAAACGAGUUAAUGUAAGUUUUCAAGGUGUUAGAACUUUUGAUAUUAUUAAAUUAACAAGACUAUUUGAAAAUAAAGAAUUUUGUGUGACAAAUGAAAAACGUGAUUCAUGGAAAAAUAAUAAAUUAACUAAAAAUGAUAUUGAAAAAAUAAUUAUACAACAUUCUGGAAAAAUUGUACAAACUCCAACAGUUAAUAAAACAUUUUGUAUUAUUGCAAGAGAUGAAAAAGAAGCUAGAACAAAAAGUUACAUUGAUUCUGGAUUGUAUGAUGUUGUUAAAAUUGACUGGUUAAUGAGAGUAACUAAAAAAGAAAAUUGGAAAUACGUUAAAGAUUUUAAACCUUGGGAAUGUUUUACAAGACAAGAAUCAACUCUUCAAAGACAUUUUAAAAAAUAUGAUAUUUAUCAUGAUUCAUUUACUAAAAAGACUGAUAUAAAUAUUCUUAAUAAAUUAUUGGAUAACAUAACAAUAUUAAAAAAUCAUCAUGACAUUGAUCCAAAUAAUAGUAUAUUACAAAAUGUUCAAACAGAAUUUUCUCAUGACGUACAUAAAAGAUUGUCAAAUAAAUUAUUUGGCUCAGUAUCACAAUAUACACUUUUUAUAAAUAUAUUUGGAUACUUUACUGAUCCAAAUGAUGCAAAAAAAUAUUUAUUUAUUUUUAUGAAAGGUAAUUGUUGUGAUGAAAUUGAUAAUAAUGAUGUAACACAUAUUUUCGUCAGUGAUAAGUCAAUAAAUAUUUAUGAAUUAUCAAUGCAAGUUGAUGAAUCUUUGAUUAAAAUUAUUGACAGUCAGUGGAUAAAUGAUUGCUUCGAUCAAAAAAAAUUAUUACCAGUAGAAUCAUAUUUAUUAACAACAAAUACAAAUUAAUUAUAUAAUUUUUAUGUUAUUUUUCAAUGUAAAAAGUGCAAUAUUGCCACUCCUCAUAGCUCCUGUGAGGAGCAGCAUAUUAAAAAAAAAUUAACAUGAAACACUUGUCUCGCAAUAUUGCAAUAUAAAUUAAUCAAUUGGAUCUUUAU